GAAUAUAUAUGUAAUGAAAGCACGUGUAACACCCACACAUACACGUGUAUCCCGUGGUGGUCGCUCUGCACGUUGCCGACUUGCGGCUGCUUGGUGAGACAAGAGUGACGACGACACGUGGUUGGUGUGUCAGCCUCAAGCCUUUUUUCCCCGAUCCGUUUUUCCUUUUUUCCUUUUGGCUCUUAGUUUGAGUUCGUUCCAGGGUCUGCCUUUUCUUUUCUUCCUUCUUUCAAAUCGCCAUCCUCGCUCCCCGUGUGACACCUAUAUACUUCCGCACAGGAAAGCCAUUGUUAUUAUUUUCGGUGGUGUUGCUGUGCAGCACGUCGUUUCCGAUUGAGGUCUCCUCCGUUCUUUUCUUUUUUGUCUUGACGGCGGAGCGCCUCUUCUCUCUUCGCCUGUGCGGUUCGCGCAUCGUCUUUUUAGAAGGAAAGAUCGAACCCUUCGGCAACAGAAGUCUACCACUUGUAGAAUUCUAGUAGUGCGCAUCUCCUCCUGUGGUGUAACUGCGGACGAGGUGCUGCACCCAACGUUUUGCAAGUUGAAUCAGACACGUCCCGCACUCUGACGUUUUACGUCACACAACGUGGCGGAUAGCGGAUCGCCGUUUUUUUCUCAUUUUCGUAGAUCCCCCCUCCCCCCACCCCCUUCUCCACAACGACGGGUGUGUAUUCUUCUGCAGCUCGCGUGCCGGUGGCGCCGGUGGGGUGCACACCGAGCCCCAUCAACCUCGGCAACGCACGCGAUCUGACAAUUUCAUGGCUUUCACAAACCGAAUCGGUGUUGGUGUUGGACUGGGUUCAUGAGCAAGAGAAAAGCAAAGCCGACAAGGCGGCGAAGGCAGAGGAGGCCGCGGCACGGCGACGGGAGCAGCCGCGACGGCGAAAAGCCGGCGACGAUCAUCCCGGCUCGCAGCUCGUCGCAGAGGCCGGCUUGAACCCGUCACGGCUCUCUUCCUCCGUCUCCUCCACUGCAUCCUGGUCGUCCUCCUCCUCCCAAGACGCCGACGACAUCCGACGAGCAGAAGGUCUUGUGCCGGUGGACUGCGACUACGCGCCGUUUCCCUUUAACCGCAGCUGCGGGGUUGUGUUCGACCAUUUGGCGGUGCCCAGCGCUGGCGGGAACGGCUCCUCAACAACAGCAGCAGCAGCAGCGGCAGUGACCACAGCAACGUUCAAUGGCGUCUCGGCGGUGGUGCCCAUCGCGGAGGUGCCCGUGGGCAUGGAUUACUACAACGCGCUGCAGAAGGCGUGGUCGCACCAGCCUGAGAAUCCGCCGAAGCUGCCUCCGCUCGCCUCGGAGGCGGAUGUGAACAUCAGCGACAUCGACGACGUCUUGUCCGGUGACUCGGACUACGAGGAGAUGAACCCUCCUGUGCCGUUGGGGCUGAUGAUCAGCUACUUUGCGGAAGACUGGCGGGAGAGUGGACUGUACGACGUUGUGCAGAAGCGUGCAGAGGCGCAGGCAUCCCAAACGCAGAGGAGGUAG